GUUUAGAUCUGAAUAAUUGAGGAGCGAUUCAGCAGCAGCCGCUGCCUCUCGUCUUCCUUUACCACCAUCGCCGCUCCCACCUCAGCUGUAAGUGCAGAUCGCCGGCCAUCAGCAUCCAGGCCAUCACCUCCAGCCCCUCUGACGUUCAUGCCCAAGUCAAGACGGCUUUGGGUCCCACUGGGCCUUUCUUAAAAGGACACACACUCAUUGCUCCAUGAGUUCAAGGGUCAUCCACUAAGGCUUCUGUACUAGUCAAACCUUCACCGCAACCCUACUGUUCACGAUGAGUGGCUUUCUGGCCUCCGUGGACCCCCGAAGGGUGCAGUGGGGGGCUGCCUGGUACGCAAUGCACUCUCGGAUCCUGCGCACCAAGCCAGUGGAGUCCAUGCUAGAAGGAACCGGGACUACCACCGCGCAUGGCACCAAGCUAGCCCAGGUGCUCACCACUGUGGACCUCAUCUCUCUCGGAGUCGGCAGCUGCGUGGGCACUGGCAUGUAUGUGGUGUCUGGGCUGGUGGCCAAGGAAAUGGCAGGACCUGGCGUGAUUGUGUCCUUCAUCAUUGCUGCUGUUGCGUCCAUACUAUCAGGUGUGUGCUAUGCAGAGUUUGGAGUUCGAGUCCCCAAGACUACAGGAUCUGCCUACACCUACAGCUAUGUCACUGUUGGGGAAUUUGUGGCAUUUUUCAUUGGCUGGAACUUGAUCCUGGAGUACCUGAUUGGCACGGCAGCUGGUGCCAGUGCCCUGAGCAGCAUGUUUGACUCCCUAGCAAACCAUACCAUCAGCCGCUGGAUGGUGGAUACAGUGGGAACCCUCAACGGCCUGGGGAAAGGAGAGGAGUCCUACCCAGACCUUCUGGCUCUGGUGAUUGCUGUCAUCGUGACCAUCAUUGUGGCUCUGGGGGUGAAGAAUUCUGUGGGCUUCAACAACGUCCUCAAUGUACUGAACCUGGCAGUGUGGGUAUUCAUCAUGAUCGCAGGCUUCUUCUUCGUCAAUGGCAAAUACUGGGCUGAGGGCCAGUUCUUGCCCCACGGCUGGUCAGGGGUGCUGCAAGGAGCAGCCACGUGUUUCUAUGCUUUCAUUGGCUUUGACAUCAUUGCCACCACUGGGGAAGAAGCCAAGAACCCCAACACAUCCAUCCCGUACGCUAUCACUGCAUCCCUGGUCAUCUGCCUGACAGCGUAUGUGACAGUGAGCAUGAUCUUAACGCUAAUGGUGCCAUACUAUGCCAUCGACACGGAGUCCCCCCUCAUGGAGAUGUUUGUGGCCCAUGGCUUCUAUGCUGCAAAGUUCGUAGUGGCUAUCGGGUCGGUGGCAGGACUGACAGUCAGCCUGCUGGGCUCGCUGUUCCCCAUGCCCAGAGUCAUUUAUGCCAUGGCUGGUGAUGGGCUGCUUUUCAGGUUCCUGGCUCACGUGAGCUCCUACACAGAGACGCCAGUAGUAGCUUGUAUCGUGUCAGGGUUCCUGGCUGCUCUCCUCUCACUGCUGGUCAGUCUGAGGGACCUGAUAGAGAUGAUGUCCAUUGGCACCCUCCUCGCCUACACCUUGGUCUCUGUCUGUGUCUUGCUCCUACGAUACCAACCCGAGAGUGAUAUCGAUGGCUUUGUCAAGUUCCUGUCUGAGGAGCACACCAAGAAGAAGGAAGGCAUCCUGGCUGACUGUGAGAAGGAAACCUGCUCCCCUGUGAGUGAAGGGGAGGAGUUUCCCAGCACUGCCACCAACACCUGUGGGGCCAAGAACCUGCCAUCUUUGGGGGACAACGAGAUGCUCAUAGGGAAAUCAGAUAAGUCCACCUACAACGUAAGCCACCCCAACUACGGCACCGUGGACAUGACCACAGGCAUAGAAGCCGACGAAUCAGAAAACAUCUAUCUCAUCAAGCUGAAGAAGCUGAUUGGGCCCCGAUACUACACGAUGAGAAUCCGGCUGGGCCUCCCAGGCAAAAUGGAUCGGCCCACGGCAGCAACGGGGCACACGGUGACCAUCUGCGUGCUCCUGCUCUUCAUCCUCAUGUUCAUCUUCUGCUCCUUCGUCAUCUUUGGCUCCGACUACAUCUCGGGCCAGAGCUGGUGGGCCAUCCUCCUGGUGGUUCUGAUGGUGCUGCUGAUCGGCGUGCUGGUGUUUGUAAUCCUGCAGCAGCCGGAGAACCCCAAGAAGCUGCCGUACAUGGCCCCCUGCCUCCCCUUUGUGCCCGCCUUUGCCAUGCUGGUGAAUAUCUAUCUCAUGCUGAAGCUCUCCACCAUCACAUGGAUCCGGUUCGCAGUCUGGUGCUUUGUGGGUCUGCUCAUUUAUUUUGGGUACGGCAUCUGGAACAGCACCCUGGAAAUCAGCGCCAGAGAGCAGGCCCUGCACCAAAGCACAUAUCAACGCUACGAUGUGGAUGACCCCUUUUCCGUGGAGGAGGGAUUCUCCUAUGCCACUGAGGGCGAGAGCCAGGAGGACUGGGGCGGGCCAGCCGAGGACAAAGGCUUCUAUUACCAACAGAUGUCAGAUGCGAAGACAAACACCCGGACGAGUAGCAAAGCGAAAAGUAAAAGCAAGCACAAGCAGAACUCAGAGGCCCUGAUUGCAAAUGAUGAGUUAGAUUGCUCUCCAGAGUAGGGCUGAACUGCAGGCGCCGAGAGGGGUGGCUUCUCUGUGAAUCCAGCCUGCGUGCUGGAAAGUGGAACCUACUUCCGACUCUCAUUUCACAAACUUCCCCAAAGGCCAUCCCCAGGCACAACCUGUCAUUUGCUAUUUUUGCUGUUCAGGAGAGUUCUACUGAAGAGUUUUACCCAGGGCCCUUAAUUGACCCCCUUGUAAAAAAAAAAAAAAUGAAAAUCAAAAGAAAUUCUAUGUUAGUGAGCUGUCCCAGCCGAGGACAGCAAAUGUUUUCUUUGCAGGAUGGAUCUUUGUGCUAAGAUCCGAGUAGGCUUUCCUCCAACCCUGCUGAGGCUCCAUCCAGGCCCUUGGGAGAGGAGCCACAAAUGUGGCUGUGGCGUGAGGCGGCUCUACAGCUCCCAGAGCAGAACUAGGAGCUGCUCCCCCAGGCCUGUAGGUCAGGCUGUUUCAGGACUUUCUCAGUCAGCAACACUGUGUCCUUAAAUCUCACCUCCCCAAAACUAUCCACAGAGAAGACCCGGCUUCUCUUUACUCACCAAAGUUCUUACAGUUUCCAGACUAUAAGGUUAGGAUCCAGAAAAGAUAGAAGACUCUAAGACCAUAUUCCCCGUAAAGCAACCACGUAGUCAUCAAAGUAUAGUAAGAAGUACCACCAAAUCUUUACUUAAAUGCUCAAGAAAAAAAAAGAAAGAAAAACUGAAGUAACCAUCUCUUGAACAGAGGUCAGGAAGGCAUUGGCAGAAAUGAACCAUCUGUCAUGCGCUUCCUUACACCAGACUCUAAGCUCCUGCAGGUCUCGGGAAAGGGCAGAGGUGGAGUGUGAUUGCAGGCCUCUGAUAUGCCUGGAAGAAAUGGGCUAUUUGUUCUAUAAUCAGAUAAAAAUCUUUGCGAGGAGCAGUAACCCAGCCACUGAGAUCACAUUGCAAAUCUUACUUCAUAUUUCUAAAAUUAUAAAAUCUACAGGGUUUUUCCUUUUUGGCUAGGUGACUACCGGAUUGGAUGCUGCUGGUUUCCAGAGAUGUGGAAGACCAGGAACUUGGGUCAUCCAGCUCAGAGAGCUCUAAUUCCCACCUGGGCCUCCCUCCUCUAGGCUAGCUCACCUUUAGAGUGUUUUUCAUCUUAGUUCCGAAAGCACCUUCCCUGAGGUCCAGAGAAAUGGCUGUCUGGUGGGGGUUAAGCAUAGGCCUCCAAAGGGAUUCUUAAAGAAUUUUCUCCAAAACAGGAUAAAUGAAUUUACAACAGAAAAACAUGUGGCUUCAGUAGCGUGUGUGCACAUGUGUAUGAAAACAAAUUUCUCUCACUAAGAUUUCUGCGAGAAUUUUUUGGAAAUGGGGCAAAAGAGCAAAUUCCUUGCCCUCUGCUCCUCAAUUCAUCAUCGGCCAAAAAUUUUCAUGAAUAUCAACUAACAUCACAUCUUUCUUGCUUGCUCUGAAGCGCAUGUUUUCUUGGCAUGUACUUAGGUUACAGAGAAGGCAUGUUUCCUGUUGAGCUGACCGCCUCAAAUACACCAGCGGCUAAGUAGAAGCCAGGAGGAGAUCUGUAACUUCAGCCCUUAGAACCUAGGAGACAGCAGGGUCCCAUGACAGAAACAAGAAGCUUCAACAUAACAGAUAAAGAUCAACUGAAACUAUUUUUUUAAAUGAUGCUUUCAGAUAAAUUGCAUACCAUGCUCUUCGCCAAUGUCUGCCAGUACACUAAAAUAAGUACAUUUUUUUAGAUCUCGUUCAUCACUCCAUGUUAAUUAUGUAGAACCCUGGCUUCCAGUACUCAUUAUUAUCAUUUUUAUGUAAUGUCUGACAAAGCUGUUUCCUCUUGCCUAAACUUAACCAUCACAACGCAGUGCCUGGCCUGCAACAAAUACCCUGGAGAACUCACUCUAAGAUAAUUGUGAGUCAUGUCUGUUAAAGCUAAGUUUUAAACUGGGGUAGGAUGCAGAAACCCUGCCUAGUAGAAACAGCUGUUAAGCGGGGUCCACUUCUCGAUAUUUGGGGUAAUAUUCUCUUCCUUAGAUAUGGUUAGGAGAAAUAUGGACGCUACAUGAUGAAUCUUAACGUGGAUGGAAAGUUAUGUCUUACUGGUGGUGUUUAGGUAUUAAAGUAGCAAUGGUCAGGUGUGUGCUAUGUCUGUAGCAGAAGAAAGAGCAUGGGCUUUACAGUUAAUGUCGUUGGUGUUGAUUCUGUGCAGAGCCAAUGAAUUAUUCUCAUUUCGGAUGCCAUUUUUCUCAGUAGCUUUAGAUGUUUUUAAUCGUUGUUCUCUUCAUUUUUCUAAAAUUGUUGGGGUUAUCUUCUUUGCUAUAUUGGUUUUUAAACUAUAUUUUUAGCUUGGAAAGUUUUCUCGGGUAUGUAGCAUGUUUCCACCAUGUUUUUUCCGCUCCUGUGAAAGAGUCCCGGGUUUCACAAGAAGGUUUUCAAAUACCACCAUAUUUGAACAUCGUGUUUAAGAGACUGCAUUAAAAGUAGGAUUACCUUAUAAAUAAUUCUCUUAGAAAAGCUCUUCCAGUGGGGGGCUGGUAUAUGUGGAAUGUGUAAUUUUGGAGCCACUAAUUUAAUAUUUUAAAUUGUAGUCUAUUUAUCAACGCUCUGCCUCUUUUCGUUAAGAUUGGAGGCAGGUAUUAAAACACAAGUGCUCCAAAGCAAAGGGGAAGAAUACAAUCACAAUGGGAGGAGAAAGGGGAACUUAGAGCCAGAAUGUGUGAAACACUCAAGCGCAAGAACUCUCAAGGGGUUUGCUGAGUUUUCCAAUGAAAAACACCUUAGAAAGCAAUAGGCUUGUCAGUAAUGACAGCCAGGACUACAUGAUAAUAAAUAACAAAUAAAUAAACCUUUGCCCAUGAGGGCAGAGUGUUAAAACAGCACAGACCCCUGACAUCCACAGAGAAGCUCCAAAGCUAGAUUACACUAGCUACGUGUACCUAAUGGAGAGUGGAUACCAAGAAAUACAUGCUGGGCAGUGGUGGCGCAUGCCUUUAAUCCAGCACUCGGGAGGCACAGGCAGGCAGAUCUCUGAG